CAGCUGAUUGAAACGGCACGCGGAAACAGUAAAGUCAAUUGGAAAGCGCCCGCAGAUCCCCAAGGUAGCCGGGCUAAGGUUACUUCCACUAACAUCACCAUUUAAUGUUCACAGCAGCGGCUUUCUUGCUUGAGCGGGACGCUGGGUAUCAACUCAGAUAGCUUAUCUGAGAAAGAAAGCACACACUCACACACAGUCACAGGGCUGUCAUCCUCAGGAGAAAGUUAUGGCACACAACGAGUCGUUGGUCGCUUUGAAUGGGACUCAGGUUUCCUACAUUGGACAUGACUGUGAGUACAUUCCAGACUUCCUUGGAGACACAUAUGGCCAGUUUGCAAGAAGGCUGGAUCUGAGCUUCAAUCAGCUCAGGUCACUGGCAGGCCUCAAAAUGUUCACUGAGCUGGAAGAGCUGGUCGUCGACAACAAUCUGCUUGGAAAUGACCUCCAGUUGCCCAGGUUACCCAACCUCCACACCCUGACACUCAAUAAGAACCAACUGACUGAUAUCGAGGCCCUGCUGGAACACUUGGCUGAUGUGACCCCGUCACUGGACUACCUAAGCCUGCUGGGAAAUGAAGCAUGCCCCAACCAGCUGGUCAGCCCGGAUAAAGAUGAGGACGACUACCAGAGAUACAGGUACUUCGUUCUGCACAAGUUGCCCCGGUUGAAGUUCCUGGACACCAGGAAAGUAACCAAAAGAGAAGUGAUGGAGGCACAGGCAAGAGGAGCCUUCAUGAAAGUGGUCAAACCCAAAUCAGAAGCUACACAUAAUGAGGCUGGAUCUGAGGGUCACCCACUGCCCUACACUCCUCUACCCCGAGGGUCCAGAGAUGCCAAGAACCACAAGGGGGUAUUCGCCAAAUGCCGCUAUGUCUACUAUGGCAAGCACUCAGAAGGCAACAGAUUCAUUCGAAACGACCAACUCUGAUGGACAGCCGGUCAGACAUAAAGAGGGACAUGAAUGACGAUGAGUGUUAACAGAAGCAAAGAUGAUCAAACCAAUCUCUUAUUUAUUAAAAAAGCACUGGUGACUUUUGAGUCACCUAAUCUCCCACUGGAAAAAGAUUUAAACUUUAUCAAAAGCUGUUGUUGUGGUUAUGUAAGGUGAAUCUUUUUUUUUUUUUUUUUAAAGAUCAUAUUCCAGCCCCAUAGUUAUGGCCUCUUCUGGUGAGCUCAGUCUGCUUCUGCCUCCCUGCUUCCAGCUCGGAGUCAGAGUCAGAGAUGACACUCCCACUGACAUGAUUGCCUCUAAGCAUCAGCAACCGCUGCAGACACACAUGCACACACAAAAGGACAGUCUCUCUCUCUCUCUCUCUCUCUCUCUCUUGUUCUCUUGCACUCAGUCAGUGACAAACAGACCCAGCCAAUUGCAUCCUCUUCUUUGACAGCCAUGAUGGAUCACCCGUCCACUACCGCCACUAAUCAAGGGUGAAAGGGGUGACGGUCACACACCUGGGGCCUGAUGUGCACUCAUAUCUCUCUCUCUCUCUCUCUCUCUCUCUCUCUCUCUCUCUCUCUCUCUCUCACACACAGACACAGACACAGACACACACACACACACACACACACACACAUAUAACUGCUGUUAAGACAUUCCAAAGAUUGGUUUAAACACUCCUUUUCAGUCAAAACUUGAGGCAUGAUCAGUCUUGUUUAGUUUGUGGCAGAGUACUUUGCCCUCUUUUAUUUGAAUGAAUUUGACUGAAUUGCUUUUAUUUUAGUGGAGAAAGAGAACCUGCUCUUAAAAGUCAGACAUAUAUCUGAUAUUUGAGCCAUGAUUUGGUCAGUUUCUGUUAAAAGUAUAUAUUAGCAUGUGUGGUUGUCUAUAAGAGAUGUAUCAAACAGAGCUUUUAAAGUCAAAAACAUUCCAGUAUCAGGUUUUAAUGCAGAACAGAGUUGUAACCAAGUGCUCAUUCCAGGUAUAGCUUUAUGUAUUGUGGUGCCAUUUACUUAUGUUAUUGUGCCUGUCCCGCUGCUUGGCUUCAACCAAUUCACUACUUAAUACUGAAAUCUUCCCUUCAUUAUUUGCAUUGCAUUGUGAUGACCUGUUAACAAACUAUAAUGCAUAAUCUUCAAAAAAUUGCAUUUAAUGUAAAAUUGACCAUACGCUUGCCUUAAAUGUGUUAAAAUGCAUUUUGUCUGUUUACAUUUUGUAAUACUUUUGCAAUCAUUGUGGUUUCCCAGUGAACUUGUAAUGUGUUAAUGAUGAUUUGUAAUACCUUAUCACAACAGCCUAAGGUAAAGUGCUGCCAUUUUUUUUUACAUCUUAACAUUUUUUUUUUUUAAAUAUCAGUACUCUGGGCAAUUUUCCAAUCUGAAAUUCAGAAAAGAAUGAAUGAUGUAAUGUAGCUGAUGUUAAAUUGCAUUUGCUGGAUGUCUUCAAGUGAUUAAAAGGGUCCUGUCAGAUUGAU